AUGUUAUCAUCACCAUUCUUUCCAUUCACAAAAGUGUUCACGUCCGCCAACUUCUUGUCCACGGCUUGGGCUGUGCCAUCUGCGGGAUCGGGUGGUUUGCCAGUUUUAGUCGCCUCGUUCGGCGUCAAGCUUGUCGACAAAUGUGUUACAAGCGCUUACGAUGGCAGUGAGAUUGUCGACAACUUUCCCAUCUACAACUUUUGCAAUCUGCUUCUGCGCUUCCGCGAUUUGGCUGUUAAGUUGAGGCAUAAUGUUGUUCUUCACUUGAACUUUAAGAUCUCCUUCAUUCCUCCCAACGGCACUAAGAUUGCGAUUAUACGUACCAAUCCAAGUCGUCACGGCUUUCAUGCCCUUACCUUGGUUAUUUCUACCCAUACCCAAAAUGCCCUCAAGCCAUCCGCCUACUCUAGCAUCAAACCCGGAAUUGCUACCACUACCUUUAACGAACGCGUUAGCAAGCGCCUUCACUUUCGCAACAAUUCCAUCCAGACCUUUUUGGUCUCUUUCACUCCCCUUAAUUUCCCCAACCUUUUCUUUUAUAUGCUUGAAAAUCUGUUCAAUACUAUCCAACUUGCCACCAUUAGGAAACUUCCCGCCAAGCGCCUCAAUCGCCGAGUCAACUUCACUGACCGCAGUUUGAAGCUUACUCUGGAUGUGCGUCUUAAAAUGCCGUUCAAGAUUGUCCACCAUGAUCCACCGCGAGACCUGGAACGACGGCAGUCGGCUGCUGAGGUGGAUGGUCAAGGCGGCAAGCAAGGGGCGACUCAGGGCAGGAAGUACAUUGUAGAGCGUGGCGGUGAGCCAGAGUGUGAGUGCAGUGUAGAGGAAGGGGGCACGGAUGCGAUAGAGGAACUCGGGGAUGGUGUCGUGGGCCAGCCUGUGGAGAGGGUUCAUCUGCUUGACAGCGACUUGGAGGGCCAUGCAGAAAUCGUCGCAGGUCCGCUUGGACUGGUGGCCGCUGGUGGAUCCGGCGAGGCUGUGGACGUCUUUGAGCACGAAGCCGUACUGGAAGAGUGUGGGCGUGGUGGAGUCGCAGUCCACGAUGGAGGGGCAGUCGGCAGUGUGAUUGGAGCUCGGGGCCAGUGGCCGUCGCUUGGCUGUGCAGUCAUUGUCGCAGCUCCUGGCGUGGCAGUUGGAUGUGGCGUCGGCGCAGUUCCGCUCGCAGUCCUGGAGCAGUGCACAGAGGAAGUCGUAGAAAGUCUCCGUCAGGUACACUAUCCACGAGAGGUAGAGGUGGGCGUGUUCCCUGGCGAAGGUGGCGCGUACGUCGUGGCCGAGGGGCUUGAGUGUGACGCCCCGCUGCCAGAAGCACGCGUCGCCGACGGCGUCAUCGAAGGCCUCCCUCCGGUGCUCGCCGCUGCCGCUCCACUCACAUAUGAAGUUGUAGUAAAAGGCGAACAGCUCGUCUGGCGUCCGUGGCGGGCGGGUGAAGAGGCAUUCCAGGUAGCUGCACAGCCUGGUGAGGGGGGAUGA